AUGGCAAUAAGAAACCUAACAGGAGUUUCACAGUUUCUUCUUCUGGGAUUCUCAGAGGAAUUAAAAUUGCAACCGUUCAUAUUUGGUCUUUUCUUCUCCAUGUACCUGAUCACUGUAUUUGGAAACUUGCUCAUCAUACUGGCCAUCAGCUCAGAAGCCCACCUCCACACCCCCAUGUAUUUCUUCCUCUCCAACUUGUCCUUUGUGGACAUUUGUUUCACCUCCACCACCAUCCCAAAGAUGCUGUGGAAUAUCCAGACACAGAGCAAAGUCAUAACCUAUGAAGGCUGCAUCACCCAGGUGUAUUUUUUCAUGCUCUUUGCAGGACUGGACAUCUUGCUCCUAACAGUGAUGGCCUAUGACCGCUUCAUGGCCAUCUGUCACCCCCUGCACUACAUGGUCAUCAUGAACCCCCAGCUCUGUGAACUGUUGGUGCUGGUGUCCUGGGUCAUCAGCAUCCUGCAUUCCUUGUUACAAAGCUUAAGUUUGUUGAGACUGACAUUCUGUACAUUCUUAGAAAUCCCUCACUUUUCCUGUGAACUCAAUCAGAUGAUCCAACUUGCCAGUUCGGACACCUUUCUCAAUAAUGUGGUGAUGUAUUCUGGAGCUGUGCUGCUGGCCGGGGGUUCCCUCACGUGUAUUCUUUACUCUUACUCUAGGAUAGUUUCUUCCAUAGGCAGAAUCUCAUCAUCUCAGGGGAAGUAUAAAGCAUUUUCCACCUGUGCAUCUCACCUCUCUGUUGUCUCCUUAUUUUAUUGUACGGGUUUAGGAGUAUACCUCAGCUCUGCUGGUACCCACAGCAUCCACUCAAGUGCAACAGCCUCGGUGAUGUACACUGUGGUCACACCCAUGCUGAACCCCUUCAUCUAUAGUCUGAGAAAUAAAGACUUACAGAAGGGUCUGAAAAAAUUCUUUGGAAACAUAAUCAUAAAAGGUCCUAUUGGCAUAGGUCUUAAGAAGUAA